UUUUGGCUUCCAAAGGAAGCUUUCCUUUCAGUCUUCUUUUCCAAAAUUCAAAAUUCAAAACUCUCUUCUUCUCUGACUCUUACUUUUCUUACACACACAAGCCAUUAUUAUCGUUCUUCAAAUUUAAACCACCGUUCAGAUUCUCUCCCUCACAAAAACUCAUAUUCUCUCCCUGCUGUGUGUCGCUCCUUUAGGGUUUCAAGGCCGCAUCGCCGGUGGAAAAUCAAUUCUCUGAUUAAGUCUAUCUAUCUCGCCGGAGCUGGUCUAAAAUUUAUAAGGUUUCCAGAAUUUAUAAGCUCAAGUUUGUUCUCUAGGAGGGGCAAACACAUUGGGUCGUGCGACAAAGCAGUAGUGGCUACUGAAUGUUGAAGGAAUGAUGAAAGUUGUGGAUGAGAGCAGGAGAGGUAUAAGAUAAGUGAAUUUGGAGGAUUUUGUUUUAUGUUCAAGGGUAUUCUCUAAUUUUUACUGAUCUUGUAUGUUUGCAAGUGUACAUUAAUGUUUUUAUGUUUACAAAUCAGUGAAAAAAUGCUCUAUACACCAUAAUAUGUCUACCUGCCUCUGAUUUUCUUUAAUUUGAAGAAGAAUUUGGUUAAUGGUUUGGUAGGCUUUUUAGAUUCACAUAAAUCUUCAUAUUGAAGUUAAGAUGAAACUUUCAUUGGAACCUCUUAUUUGUUAUUUGUCUGAUUUCUUAUUUGUUAAUCAUAUAAUUGCUUUGCAGUAAUAGCUACUGGGCCCCAAGUAGACUAACCUCAAUAAAAUAAAGAAAUGUCAUCGACAUAACAAGUUCUACAUAGUAUAGUGUUUCGGUAUCUUUAAUUGUUUCUUUCUUGAUGCAAUACCAGGGUAAUAACAUGGUGGUGCAUAAAAAUUAGAAUAAACGUACCCAUUAUAUUUUGAUUCUACAGUACAGUUUUGGGUGGGUAGGAUGUCUGCAGACUUCACCUCCAUCUUAGGAUUAGUGAGUCUGUUUCCAAAACGACUCCUGGCUCUGUCAAUGCCAGAUGGUGGUGCCUAUGUAACAGUCUAACGCUCUGUACUUCUGUACUUGGUUAAUGAUAAGAUACUGAUUGCGGUCACUGCAUUUGGCAUCAUUUGAGUGGCUUGCAGCAGCAUUGUCAGCUUAAAAAAUGUACCAUUUUAAACUUGCAUGAAAGUGUUAACUAUAUUUUCUUAAUCAAUGACUAAGAACAUUCAUUACAAGUGAUAGGGUUGAGGCGACGCAAGUACACACUUUUUGUAGGUUUGCCUGUCCAUUCAAUUUUCGUGGAAAUUUUCUGAUAAAUAUAUUGAACUGGAUUUUUGCUUAAUUUGAGAUUCCUAAAUAUUGGAGCUUUACAUAUGGGUUUGCAAAAAUCAAGAUUGAUUAUUGUUUUGACUCUUGAUGCAUACAUGGACUGAUUUGAUCUUUAUAUAAUUGAGAAGUACCCUUUGCUAAAUUUAACAUAUUUUGAUCUUGGUUCUUCAUUUUGUGAAUACUAAAUACUAUAGCUAGCCAGCCAGAUGCUUCAAUUAAUGUUGUCAAAGGUGUUUUGGUACAUUUUUAUGAGUGUAAUAAUAAAUUGCAUUGGGCUGGAGUUAAUGUUAUGUUUUUUUUCUGCUUUUGAGAUCAUCAUCUAACAUUAAAAAUGAUAUUGUUUUUCUGUUGGUUUUAAUCAAUACUCUUUUGGAUUGCUUUUUUAUUAUUGUUUUUUUGUUUGACAAGCUGAAGUAAAUUCAGUUGUAGCCGUGGAACAUAACAGUGAACGGUCUAGAGCUGCAUUUGUCAUUGGUGAAACAAGAAUCCUAUGUGAAUUUGCUGACAUUGCUCCAGAUGAGAAUUCUUUUGUCCAGAAACAGGAUGAGGUGUCCAGCCUAGCCUCUCAAUCAAGUAUACCUUCUAACUGGUUACGUACUGAAAUAUUGAAAAUGCAGCAUCUCUAGAAAAUGCAUGUUCUGAUCAAGCUCAGAACCACAUUGUAAAUAAAUAAAGGUCGGAGAUUAGUUAAUUAAAAUUACUAAAACACAAUAAUAUAUAUUACACACAAAAUUUAUUUGUUUACAUAUUUAAUUUAGAAAAAAAUUAAAUAUGAUUAGGAAGGAAUUUAUCGAGAGGAGUUUGGUAGGGAUUGAGGAGAAAAGUAUUGAGCAAGAAUCUAUUAUGAGUGAGAAAAGGUUUGAUGAAUUUGAUACUUCUCCAUUAACGGUAGAGCCUAUUACUUCAGCUAGAUAUAUUCAAAUGACCAAGGUGCAAGAGGCAACAAUUGCUGCUUGCCUUAAAUUUGCUGCUUGCCUUAAAGCUAAUAAUUGCAACACAACCGGAUCCAGAGCAUGGAAAUUCGCCAAAAAUUGUAACUGAAGAUAACAUCAAGUUACAGCUGUGUCAAGCUAUGUAUUCAUUUGUAGUAUAGUUUUUAAAUAAAAAUUUAUAUUUUAGAACUUUUUUUAAAUGAGGACUAAAUGAAGAAUACAUCGCCAAGGAAACAUUCUAAAUUCUAAAUUUACAUGCAUAUGAUAUUUAAGCCUUUUAUAUUAUUUUGAUAUUUCCAUCAGUAAGAUCGUGCAAAGAGGUAAAUGCUUUUGCCAAAGGUAGUGAAAUAAUUCAAGAUAGGGAGAACUCCUUGCUGGGAGAAAGUGGGAUUGAAGAGAGGGAUAUGGACUGCUAGAGAAGACGAAAUCUUGACAAAAUUUUAUUACCCUUGGGGCCUUAUUGCAUUUCUUUACCACUUUUUACAUUUUAUAGAGAAGUUUGUGCAUGUUUCUGCGUAGAAGUACAGAGAGUACUGCGCGGGUGCGACUGCUGUUGCUGAUUUGUCACCUCCAUUAGCAUGUUCAAUACUGCUUCAUAGCGUUCAACUAGUUCUUUCUGGUAAAGUUGUGUGAAGUGUUGUGUUAGUUUCAAAGACUUGGAAUCAUGAAUCAUAAUUGAUUUUAAAAAAGGAAAAAGCCACUUUCAAAAUAUUUUCCCGCACAACUAUCUUUCAGUUUGUCACAAAUUAGUCACUACUG